CAUAAUCGAGUAUCGCGAGAUUUGAACAGCUGUUUGGACUGUUUUUACAGACUAAGGCAGGUCGGUUAACACGUGGGGAGAUCAGGAGCGCGAUUGAAAACAUUCUGACAAUUUUUGUUCCCAUCGUGGCAGCAUCGAGGACCUUAAAACACUGUGAGUGUUUGGCGUCUUGAGGAAAUGCCAGUGCGGUUCCGCUCUGUUGUUCCCUACACAUUGCCUGGAGUACUUGUACUUAUUGGCUGGUGGUGGUACACAUCGAGGAAGAAAGAACGGAUCGACAGCCAGAGCUCGGAGGUCUCUCAAAGUCCUGUGAGCUUCAAAGACUCUCACGUAGAAGGCAGCAAUGGCCUGCUGUAUGAGGAGGAGAGCGCCGUCUUUCCAAACCUCAGCAACCAGAAUAAAGAAAAUGAAAUUAUUUCCCCCUUUCAACUCCAAGACGCUGAAGCAACAUCUUCACAGGAACACAGAGGUAAUGAUGCUAGCUUAGCACCCGCAGAAGCUCAUGCUCUGUCAAAUUUAACUCCGCCAACAUUUGGCAACAAGGAUUUGGCAGAGACGCCCCAUGAAGACCCGGACAUUGAUUCAGCCCCCGCUUUAAUUGGGAAGCUAGAGAAAUGCCCAGCCAAAGAUUUAGACCUUCUUCCAGAAGUAUCGGAGGAAUCUGCUUUGCUGUCCAACGCCGCACCCUCAUCCUCAUCCAAAGACGCCAGAUCCUCCACAAACACUAUAGAUGCAGAAAGGCCAGAGCCAGAAGGUGAGGUUGCUACCCAUCACAGCACUGUAAAUCCACAAGAGGAGAUUGUUUGUAUAGCUACAUCUACCAAAACACUGAGAGCGACGGCCUCAGAUGAAGAGUCUUUGGAGAAUCCCCUGCAAAUACAGGAUUUACACAAUCACAUCCUCACCAGCACCCCCAACAUCCCCGCCUCCAGAGCCCAGGCCACCACCACCUCAUUAGCUAGCUCAGCUGAGAUACAAGUAGAGAGAAACACUGAAGAAAUGAACCAUCUGGAGCUCCUGGCAGCCGGACUCAUAACUGAGGUCCUCUCUGCAGCCACCCAGGAAGUGCUUGGCACUACGAGCUGUGAGGUUACAGCAAACGAGGAACCCAGUAGUAGAAGUAGUGCUGCUCUGGCCAGUGGCACUCUAUGCCCCCAGCUCAACUCCACAACAGGAGCCUCCCUUGAUGAUGGUCUCUCACAUGGAGAUGGAGAGCUCACCAAGGCAACAGAGAAAGAAGUUGAAGGAGAGCUGAAAGUUUGCUCUCUGGUCGAAGAAUGGGCAAAUGUUGAGACCCGGAUUCAGAAAACCAACAGUGCACAGAACGAGGCCUGGCCAACGGCGUUACGCCAAGGACAUCCGGCGCUGCUCUCUAAAUGUAGAAGUGAGGAGGCGGCGGCGCUGGCUGAAGACUCUGCCUGCAGCACAUGCCACUCUGAGGAGGGAAUCAGCAGCGAAGACCUGCAGGGCAGCACGCUAGAGAACCCAGCCGACGCGUUCAAGGUUCCGUCUGCGCAGGACGGCCGGCAGCCUCCGGCCGCAGCCGGGAGCGUCGCAAAGGAGACAGAAGAACCGCCUGAUGCAGUGUGUGACAUGAAGGGCGUAAAUGGGGACGGCCUGAGGAACGGAGCACAUGGGACAUGCGAGUUGGAUACAGAUCAGUCUGGAGGUUCUGAUGUCAACAGUAUGGACUCUGUGGACAGUGGCUGCACUAUGGGUGUUUGCGAGUCCCAGGUCAACAACGCCGCCUCUUCUUCCUCGGAACUCGUCAUCUGGGAGAUUGAGGUCCCAAAGCAUCUUGUAGGGCGACUGAUUGGGAAGCAAGGGAGAUAUGUAAGUUUCCUGAAGCAGAACUCUGGAGCAAAAAUCUACAUCUCCACUUUGCCUUACACACAAGAGUUCCAGAUCUGCCACAUAGAAGGUCUGCAGCAGCAGGUUGAUAAGGCUCUGUCAUUUAUUGGCAAGAAAUUCAAAGAUCUGGAGCUGACGAACCUAUAUGCGCCUCCACUAACAUUGCCAUCGCUUCCCAUAACUUCCUGGCUCCUUCUGCCCAGCGGAGUGACGGUGGAAGUGAUUGUUGUAAACAUUGUGUCAGCUGGUCACAUCUUCGUGCAGCAGCACACCCAUCCCACCUAUCAUGCUCUGAGAAGUCUCGACCAGCAGAUGUUCCUCUGCUACUCCCAGCCGGGCACUCCAGCACUGCCCUCACCCGCUGAAGUUGGAGUCAUCUGUGCAGCUCCAGCAGUGGAUGGAGCGUGGUGGAGGGCUCAGGUCAUCACCUUCUACAAAGAAACCGACGAGGUGGAGAUCAGAUACGUCGACUACGGAGGCUACGACAAAGUGAAGAUUGAUUCACUGCGGCAAAUCAGAUCGGAUUUUGUAACACUACCCUUCCAAGGAGCAGAAGUGCUGCUUGACAACAUCACCCCACUACCAGGAGAGGAUUGUUUCUCCACAGACGCUACAACCGCAUUAGAAGAACUGACCAGAGGCGUUGCCUUGCUAGCUCAGGUCUCAAACUAUGACAACAACACGGGACUGCCCCUAGUUCACCUGUGGAACCUGGUAGGAGAUGAGGUGGUCUCGGUGAACCGCACCUUGGCAGAGAGGGGCCUGGCUGUGUGGGCGGAUGGGUUCUGAGUUCCGCUCCAUCCCAGAGGAAGUCAUGAAGGAAGCUCAUUCCUGUUGUCAGCAGCUCAUCCUGGGGAUCCCACCCACCAGGAACACCACUGAGAAGAUCGUUUCGUUGCUCUUCCACUCUUCAACCCAACGGAAAGCAGAGAGACUUUAUCCUCAGGCAAAGUCAACAGGGAAACGGCACCUCUCCAAGAUGGACUUCAGUUUUGGUCUAAAAACCAUAUAAUUUUAAAAAAAGAAGAGGUAUUGUAACAAUAAAGGCUCCAGAAUUAUAUAUUUUUUGCUCCCAUUCUAGCAUAAACCCCUGGAACAGUGGCUCAUCAUGCUGGCUUAGAGGACAGACGCAUGCAUGACGUCCUGACUGUUCUCUAGCAGGUCUGUCUGUUGUGGAACGCUGUGGGAAUGCUGGGCUGACAACCAGGCAGCUUCCUGUGGACCUUUCUAGACUGUAGUAGAGGGAGACGAGCGGACAGCCUGCCUUUCCUCCCCGGUCUUUGGUGCACGUUGGUGGACCAGCCCACAUUUACACACUUCCCAUGAAAAAGCACUCUAUUUUUUUCUUAAAAAGACUCGUUGAGUAAAAGCUGGCUCAUUAUUGAACAUUCAUGUUGUUGAGAUGUUCAGAGGUAGAUGAGCGCUAUCCGACACAUUGGCUGCCGUUUGUGGAGGUUUUCUGCAGGAUCAGAACCUUCUGAUUGGUCAACAGCAGAACUUCUAUUUAAAAAAAAAGACAGUUUUCCAGGAUUAAAUAUGAAAUGAUUGAAUUC